AUGUUUCUGCGACGACUAAGUAGCUGGCUGCCUCACCCCUGGGGCCGCCGGAAACCAGUGAAGCCUGACUCUGCUACCACGGAAUCCAGAUUGAUGGAUAGCUCCCCAGAGAAUUCAGGGAGUGACUGGGACAGUGCUCCAGAAACUAUGGGAGAUGUGGGGCCUCCCAAAGCCAAAGACUCAGGGAUACAAAGGAGCUCUAGGACUGCUCCAGAACCAAGUAGGGGUCCCCCAGUCACUCAAAGGGGGAGCAGAAGAACGGAUUCCCUCCAAUUGAACAAGGCUGUCUCUGGUGAUGAAGAGUCUGGGAGACUAUUGGCUGGAGGGGCUGUUGCCACUCUGGGACAGGAUCCUGUCGCCUCAGACAGUGCCAGGAGAAUCGGGGUGCCCCUUGAAGGAGGACUGAGCUCCCUUGGGUCUGAAGCUUCAGUGGAGAAGCCAGGCCGGCAUCAGAAGCUGCUCGACUGGCUGCGGGGGGAUUCAGGUGGUGGCACAGGGACACCCCCAUCAUACCUGGUAGGCUCAGAGGAGCGUCUGCAGAUCUCUACCAACCUGACCUUGCACCUGCUGGAACUCCUGGCCUCAGCCUUGCUGGGGUUGUGCUCGAGGCCACUGCGGGUAGCCUUGGAUGCCUUGGGCCUUCGAGGGCCAGUGGGUCUCUGGCUGCAUGGGCUGCUGUCCUUCCUAGCUGCCCUGCAUGGGCUGCAUGCUGUGCUAAGCCUCCUUACCGCCCACCCCCUACACUUUGCCUGCCUUUUUGGCCUCCUGCAAGCUCUGGUGCUGGCUGUCAGCCUCCGGGCACCCAAUGGGGAAGAAGCAGCCACUGACCAGGAGAGUGAGAAGUUGAGGAAGGAGGGUGAGGAACAGCGGGUAGACGUAAGAAAGGGGCUAUGA